UGGAGGCAGAGCGGCGAACAAUGAAGCACCAAUGAAUCACUGAAGCCCGGUUGACGCUCCGGAGUGAUGCACGACGCCAGUUCGACUAACUGACCUCCAGCCUUUUGUGGGAGCCGCCUGCCUUUCUAUUCUCGCUGUGGCUCAGAUAAGGUUGGCCAAAGCAUCAAAGUUGACGACAAUGGGAAGCAAGCAGAGGUGGUUCUCCAUGGACGUAACCGUUGCCGGGAGAGUGAGGCACAGCCCCGGAUACUGCACAGAGGGAUGGAGUUCGGCGCGGGCAUAUGCUGCAAUUGAUGAAGCAAAAGCCAACACUUCCCACCCAGCUGCAAGAACUGAUUCUAGUUUCACUAGGAUAUUAGAUGCCUUCUACCUCACUUCACCUUCCAGGGAGGGAGACACUUCUGCCUCACUCUUCACUCUGCCCUGCCAAUACACGCUGCCAUCCAGGGAAGGAGACACUUCUGCCUCACUCUUUACUCUGCCCUACCAAUACACGCCAUGGAGUAAUUCCAUGUGACCCAAGAUUUGCAUCUGAGUUUAGCGUGUCAACGUCUGUGAUGGGCAAUGAAAGUGUACACAACCUAUAAUUACUAUUAAUCACUUAUUUGACCAGAAAAGUUGUUGAAGGUAUAGGGAAAGUGUAGAAUGGUAAAUGUGAAAUUAAAGUAGGUAAGCUAUAAAGCUAUUUUAUUGCUAAUAUAAUUGAUAGUGUUGAUAACAUUAGUCAGGAAAAUGAAUUCAUACACUGAACAAAUCAACGUGUGUAAACAAUGAGUAACACUUUCCAUGUCUACAGGGACACCAACCAGUGUCGAAAAAAAAAAAAAUAUCGGUUUUGAAGAAAUAUCAGAAGACUACAGCAAUUGAUACAGAGAGCAGCAGAUCUCUGCCUCCCAGUAUGCUGCAUUAUUUUAAUGGACGUCUAUGGCAAACUGUUGUCAGGAGUGUUAAGUUUUAGGACACAGGAGGAGAUGGUGGUUUGCUUUGAUGAUAUUUCACAAUCUUAGAGGAACUGUAUUUUUUCAUAAGUAAACAAAUAUUUUGCUAACAAGAGCGA